AUGACAACUCGCGGCAUUAGACGGAAGAAGUCAUCGCUCUCUGAAGUGAAAGUUGCUGUGAUCGGUGCACCAUCCGUCGGGAAAAGCGCGCUGACGGUCCGCUUUUUAACCAAGCGAUAUAUCGGAGAAUACGACCACCAACAAGACAGCAAGUACAAACAUGAAGCCUUACUCGACGGCGAACCAAUUCUAUUCGAAAUACUGGACACGUGUCCUAAGAGCCUAGAUGAAUUACCAGGCAAUGAAAUUGCACAAUGGGCCGAUGGCCUGUUCCUCGUAUACUCCAUCACAGACCGUGAGUCCUUCAACUACGUGCGCCGUGCCAAGCAGAGCCUUCAGCCAGAUGUUCCCCUGACCCUUGUGGGAAAUAAAGCGGAUAUGGUACAUUUACGACAGGUGAGUCCAGAAGAAGGUGAAAUUUUAGCUAAGGAUUUUGAAUGCAGCUUUGCAGAAGUCGCUGCAGCAGAACAAGUGAACCAAGUCGGGGAGGUGUUCCAUGAACUUUGCCGAGAGGUCCUGGCGCUUAGAAGACGCGCUAAACACAGUCUGCUUGAUAGAAUGUUGGGUUCGAAGACCGCUUACAGGGUUUAUUCCAGAGGAAAAAGUGACAGCGCUUUACCCAAAGACUAA